AUGGAUGCACAGAGUUGCACAGCCGGGGAGCCAAGUGGUGAAUGCCAAGUCGAGGGCAGUGGGGAGCCAUCCAAAACUGUAGUCAGAGGAACAAACAGCCUGGCCGACCUCUCCUCCAGCCCUGAGUUUCUUAUUCAUACUGACCCAGUCCUGUCCUUUGGGCUUGACAUUCUGAGCCCAGAUCAAGGUGGAGAUUGGAAGAAAGAAAAAGAAAUAAUGAGGGAAUUUCCUCCAGUUCCCAGUGCACGGAAAGGCUCUAAGGGGAUGCAGAACGAGACCAUUGGAACAUCCACAUUUUGGGUGCCAGAACACAGAUGCUACAUCUACAAUGUAACCCCUACACUUAGGGCUCAGGAAAACUUGUGGAAGCCAAAAGACUGGAGUAGGCACACGGGUCGCCCUGUAAUUGACUGGGAGAGCUGCGAGGAGCUGCGGCUGUGGGAGUUGGAGGAGGCGCGCGCACGAGCGCAAAUGGAGAAAACGAUGCACUGGUGGUCCGACUGCAAGGCGAACUGGCGCGAGAAGUGGAGCAAGGUGCGCGCGGAGCACAAGCGUGCGCGCGAGGUGGUGCGCCAACUGCGCCAGCGCGUGGACACGCUCACCAAGGAGUUGGCGGGCACGCGCCGUGAGCUCCAGGAGGCUCAAGGCGAGUGCGAGGCACGAGGCCGCGAGCUGGCCCUGCUGUGGGGAGCAUGUGGUGCAGUGGACAAGACACACGAUGGUCCGGAGCCUGAGCGCGAGAAUGAACCUGUGCGCGACAUCGGGGCAGAGAGGCCGCCUGGUAGCCAGGAGCUGGACCUGGUAGAGAGCCUGCUGAAGAGCAGAGCAGAGGAGUCUGAGGGCUGCUGGGAUACCUGCAGUGUGGCGGCUGGGGGCUCUCGGGCUAGCUCAGGCCGCCAGGAUCACAACCGCCUGCCCUGGGAGGACACAGCCAGUACACAGGAGGAUGCCUCCAAGCUGACUGCCCUGCGGCUGCAGCUGGACGAAUCUCAGAAGGUGCUGCUCAAGGAACGAGAGGACAAACUGGCCCUGAGCAGAAGCAUCGAGAAGCUGGAGGGGCAGCUUAGCCAGUGGAAGAUCAAAUACGAGGAGGAGCUAAGCAAGACCAAGCAGGAGAUGCUCAAGCAACUCAGCAUUCUCAAGGAGACACACCAGGAUGAGUUGGGCCGCAUGUCUGAAGACCUAGAGGAUGAGCUGGGCACAAGCUCUAGCAUGGAUCGCAAGAUGGCUGAGCUGAGGGGGGAGAUGGAAAGGCUUCAGGCAGGAAAUGCAGCUGAGUGGGGCCGCAGAGAGAGGCUGGAGAUGGAGAAGCUGGGCCUAGAGAGGGAGAACAAGAAGCUGCGUGCAGAGGUUGGAGACCUGGAGGAGGCCCUGGCCCGCAGACGGCGGCAGAAUGCCAGUGCCCUGGACUGUGACCUGAGAGCCAGCCAGGCCGCUCUCUUCGAGAAGAACAAGGAGCUGGCAGAUCUGAAGCAUAUGCAUGGCAAGCUCAAAAAACAGUUCCAGGAGAAGGUGGCAGAGCUGGCACACGCCAAUCGGCGUGUGGAGCAGCACGAGACGGAGGUAAAGAAGCUGGAGAGGGGCGGAGGUUCCCCGUACGGGCCACCAACUGUCAUGGUCAGCCUCGUCCCACCGGAGCUCUUCUCACUGCAGUUUAUUCCAGGACUUUGCACCCGCUGACAUUCCUUAGUACUCGACGUCACCACUCCGCGUGUUGAGUUCUGAAUCCUCUUUGGCCCCUCGCCUGGCGACCGAAGUUCCCGGGAUUUCAGCACCAGCUGCAGCGAACUUCUCGACCAGGGAAGAAGAACAACCACCACACGAGGAUUCUUCUCAGAUCAGGCUUUAAUGGAGUGCCUCUUGGUUGAGGGAGAGCAGGAAGCGAGGGGC